UUUAUUCCAGUAAUACUAUGUCCAGAAAUAUAGGAUUAUGGAGCUAGAAUUGGACCUGAGUGUGACGGGAGCCACCAGGAAUCUCGCGUUUGCCUCCACCGAGACGGAGGCCGUCGUCCUCCUCCUCGCUCACCUUCCAGGAUUGGUGCGGGAGAAGAUCGAGGUGUCGGUGAAUGAAGAGGGAACGGAGAUUAGCAUCAGCGGAGGAGGGGACAAAUCCGCCGUUGAGACGGUGGUUGGAAGACGACUGCGGUUGAGGAAUGAGUUCGAGAUUAACCCGUUUCGGAAGGUGUUUCGCAUCCCGAAUGGCGUGGCGUUGGAUCAGAUCGAUGCUGGUUUUUACGAGGAAGGAGACAUUCUGGUGAUUUUGAUGCCCAAAUCUGUUAGAGGUAAUGCUGCUGGAAUCGCAAUCCGAGAAGUGCAAGGAGGAGAAGCUCCAAGGGAACAGAAGCUUGAAGGAGACGAAGUGAUUUCUAUGGACCGACCUCAUGGUCAUGCAGAAGCAAACGAAGCGAGAGCCGCGAUUGAUGAUGCAAAACCACCAAAGGCGGAAGAAGAAGAAGAAACCAAACAAGGAAAAGAAGAGGAUCUAAUCAGAAGAGAAGGGGCCGAAGAGAAAUUGGACCAGAAUGGAGCAGAAAGCUCAGGAACGGACCGUAAUGGAGAUCGAGAACCAAAGCACAUGGAAGCAGAGAUCAAAACACCUAAAGAAAAAGACUUAGAAGAAGAAGAGCGAAGAAAGGUGCCUGAUCAACCUCAAAAGCCCUCGAUCGAGAUGGAAGCACCAGAUCUGCAUGGAGAGCCCCCUCCUUCCGCAGCACCGGCACCAAUCAACGGAGCGGGACAAGAAGAUACAAUCGAGAAGACGAGCGGUCCAGAUCGAGAAGAAGAUGAAGACGAAGUGCCCGACUCGCUUGAAGCGCCUGAAGUGGAUCGAGAUCUCCACCAACCCAAGGGACAGCAGACGUAUCCAGAUCACCAAACGGAACAAGAAGACAAGGCGCAUGAACCGGAGCGACAAGAAGACAGAGCAGUACCUGAAUCGUUCGAAGCACCUCAAUCGGAAGGAGAUCUCCACCAACCCGAGGAACAGCAGACGGAUCCACAUCACCAAACUGAACAAGAAGACCAAGUGCAUGAAUUGGAGCAACAAGAGGACAGAGCAGUACCUGAACCGGGUGGAGAAGAUAUCCACCACCCCGAAGACAAGACAAAACCCGGCGAGAUUUCAGAUCAAAUUCCCCGUCGAUCCGGCGACAAAGCAGAGGAAGCAGCUGACGAAGUCCCGCAGACGGAUAAGCCGAUCGAAGCCCCAGACGAAGGCGAGGGAGAAGAGAGCUCGCCAGGUGAUACAGGAGAGAAAGAGAGAGAGAACGGAUCGAAGGGUAAGAGAAAGAGAAGGGAGAGGGCUAAAGAAGGAGGAGGAGCGCCGCCUCCUUCUCUGGCGGUCUUUGCUUUCAUGUUGUCGCUGGUGGCGCUUGCCGUCCAACUCGUGAGGAGUCGAAGGCGCCGUUAGGCUUCGCACCGGAUUGCAGUUAUGGUGUUGGUUUACAUUGUAGAAUGUGCUAUUGUUUCAAUUGUUUAUAUGGUUCCCUUCUUAUGUUUCUGAAAAA